AUGAAAUCAAGUGAAGAUGAUGAUAAUGAUAAAAAAGGAAAAUCUGUAAAAUAUGAGGAUGACGAUAAUAGUAUGCUAAAAUCAGAAAAAACAUCAAUUAGAAAAAUAAGAGCUUUAUUAUAUGAAGAGUCUAUUAAUUUUAGUGAAAAUAAUACUUAUUAUAAAAGUACAAAUAUUCACAAUUAUAAUAAUAUAAAUGCUUACUUCGAUUAUAUUAAAAAGUCUAAAUAUGCCAGAACUUACGAACAAGAAAAUAUUUAUAAUGAAGCUUUAAAUUUAUAUAAUAAUAGAAAUUUAUAUAAAAAAAAAAGAUAUCUUAAUAAUUUUUAUGCAAAUAUAAGAAGAAAUUUACAUAAGAAUGAAUUUUUUGGAGAUGAUAAUGAAUAUAUAGAAGAAGAUCAGAAAGAAGAAAAUGCUAGUGAUUUAAUUGAAAGAACGUUAAAUCAGAAUAUUUAUAAAGUAAGAAAGAGAGAACAAAGUGUUUUGUUUUGUGAAAAAUAUAAAGAAUUAUUUACUGAAGAUAAAACUAAUUUGAAAAAUGUUAAUGAAAUACAUAAUAGGAGAAAAACAUGUAAAAGAAAUCCCAAAGAAAAAGUAAAAAAUACUAAUCUGUUAAAUGAUAUAAAAGAAUUAAAUAGUUUUAGUGAUGCAAAUACUUUUAAUGAAAAGGAUGAAAAUUUCUUAGAAAAAUUAAUAAAGUUACAAUAUACACCUGAACAAAUAUCACAAUUGAGCGAUUUAUUUGAGAAUCCAAAAACAUUAAAAAGUGUAAAUGUUAAAAUAUUAAAAUGGUUGAAUAAUCAAUUGAAUAAUGGUUAUUGGUUGGAAAGAUUUUCUUUAUUUUUAUUAGGUUUAACUAUAGCUAUAGGUGUAGGUAAUAUUGAAACUAUAUGGUUCUUAAUGUCUACUUGGCAUGGUGUUAUUUUUAUAUUGCCAUAUAUACUUUGUUAUGUUUUUGUUUGUCAUCCUAUUUUAUCGUUUGAAUUAUAUGUAGGGCAACUAGUUAGAACAUCUUCUCCUUUCGUAUUUUAUAGAUUAUUAAAGCAGUCAGCUUCUGUUGGUUUUCUUAUGGUUUUAACAUGUCUAAUAAAUAGUUAUAUAAAUAGUUAUAGAACAGCAGCAGAAUAUUUUAUAUAUUUAAUAAAUUCUUUUAAAAAAGAGCUACCUUGGAAAUUAAAUAGUAAAGAAAUUGAUUUUUGUACGAGUUUUAAAAAUGAUUUUGUAAAUUGUCAUAAAUAUAGACCAUUAUGUUUAUUUUCUAUGUCUACUUCGUCAUGUGUACCUAAUAAUUUAGGAAAAGCAUUUUUAAUUUAUCAACAUAAAUUUUUUCCAAAAAAUGAAUUAUAUAAUUCUUUAUUAAGCAUAAAUAAAGAUAAUUCUUAUAUAAAUAUUUUUUCUAAAGGAGAUUCUUAUAUAGAUAAAGAUACAUUAUUUUUCUUAUUUGUUUGUAACUUUUUGGUUACUAUUUUUCAGUUAUUUGGUUUGACGAAUUUUGCUUUUUGUUCAGCUCUUGUUCUUUUGUUAAUAGGUUUUUUAUCCAUUACUCAAUUUGCCACCAUGUUUAAUCUUAGUGGUGCAACACAGGCAUAUUCUCAUGUUUUAAAAUCAUGGGAAAUUUCUUAUAUAUAUACUUAUUCAUCAUUAUGGUCUCAAUGUGUUUCUUUCGCUCUUUAUGAGUUAUCAAUUGGAAUAGGAAUUUAUUCUUCUUUAGCAACCAAAUCUAGAAUAGGAACAAAUUUAGCUUUUGAUGGGUAUGCUAUUACUAUAUGGAAUUCAAUAAUUUCUGCACUGAUGUUUUUUUCAGCAGUUGCUGUUAUUGGUUUUAUAUCAAAAAGUUUAAAUUCCAACUUUGUUGAUAUUUUAGAUUAUUCAAGAAAAGAUUGCUCUUUUGUUCUAUUUCCUGUUGGAUUUACUUAUUUAAAAAAAAUGGAAAAAACUUUAUGUAUGUUAUACUAUGGUUCAUAUGCAGUUUUAUCAUGCGCUUCUUUGGCUAUACAAUAUGAAGUUUUAGUGAUGACUAUAAAAGAUUUUAAAUUUUCCAAAAAUAAAAAAAAAAGAACGAUUAUUUUAACUUUAUCUAUAUUUUUUUUCUUAGCUUCUUUUUUUAUAUCAAACGUUGAUGCUAAAAAUGUUAUUUGGUUUUUAACUUUUACUAUUUCAGAAAAUGGUAGAGUUUUUGUUGCUCUUUUAAUUUGUAUCAUUUUAGGAUGGUUAUAUAAUACACAAGCUCAAUUUCAAGCAUUAACAACUGCAUGUGUUUUAUCAUUUAAUAUAACCUUUUGGAUACUUAACUUAACUGCUAGUAUUCUAUUCAAUUAUUUAGAUUAUCAUAUUUAUGUUUUAAACAUAUGUAGAUUAAUUAUAUUUAUAGUAAGUACUAUAGUAGCACUAUUAGUUCUAAAAGUAGAAGUUCAUUUAAAUAGAAAUGAAUUGGAAUUUUUUUAUAAUAAUCUUACUUUUAAGGAUAUACUUUAUACAUUAUAUUUAGGAAAUAUUGAAAGUUUAAGAAAAGAGUUACAACGAAUUAUAAGUGGGAAUGUAUAUAUUGGAAACAUUUCAAUGUUUUGGUCUAUUUGUAUAAAGUAUAUUGCAACAUCUAUAUUACUUUCUGCUUUUAUUGAAUUUGCUGAUGGAGUAUUUUAUAGUAGUGAAGUAAAAGAAAAAAUUAAAGUAAUACCUAAAGGAUGGGUUUUUUUUUCUAUCUGUUUUUGGAUAUUUACGUUCCUCCUUUUAUCAAUUUUUCCUUUUUUUACUAACUUAUUUGAAAAGUAUUGUGCUCCGGAUGAUUAUUUUAUAGAUUUUUCGUUACUUCCUUCUAAACCUUUAAAAGAAAUACAGAACUUUAAUAUACUCUCUUAUUUUUAUGAAUUUAAAAAUUCUAAUAAAAAAAAAAGAAAGAAAAAAAAAAAAGACAAAUUUUCAUUGACUAGAAAUAAUUAA